AGAGCAACAAGCGGAAGCAGUUUGUGUCUAUUUUUUGUUUUGUGUGCAUUUUAUGCAAAAGAUAUGCUUCAUCAGAAUAUAUCUUAAGUUCAAAACAAAUAAGGUAGUAUGGAGAAUUACGAUAUAAUAUCAUUCGUAGGCGAAGGGUCUUUUGGACGAGUGUUUAAGGCAAAGAAUAAAGAAACCGAUGUUGUAGUGGCCUUAAAAGUUAUACGCAAGAAAGGCCGCUCGUCAAAAGACUUGAAAAACUUAAGGCAAGAAUGUGACAUUCAGCGUACACUGGAGCACCCGAACAUUAUACGUAUGAUAGACAGUUUUGACACGGAAUCUGAGUUGGUGGUAGUUACAGAAUAUGCUGAGAAGGAACUUCACAGUAUACUGGCUAAAGAAGGCUGUUUGAAUGAGGAACAAGUGAAAAAGAUAACCUGGGAUCUGGUGUCUGCACUGUAUUACUUACAUUCACACAGGGUUUUACACCGGGACCUCAAGCCCCAGAAUGUAUUGUUAGACAGCAGUGGCUGUGCCAAGCUCUGUGACUUUGGGUUGGCUAGAAUAAUGACCAACUCCACCCACAUCCUAACUUCCAUCAAGGGGACUCCAUUGUACAUGGCACCUGAACUCAUUGAUGAGAAACCUUAUGAUCACCAGGCAGAUCUCUGGUCCCUUGGAUGCAUAGUGUACGAGUUGAUGGCGGGACAGCCGCCAUUUUGCACCAUGUCCAUCCUACAGCUGGUGCGCAUGAUCCGACACAAGCCGGUGCAGUGGCCCAGCUUCAUCAGCAAGGAAGCCCGUUCCUUCUUACAGGGACUGUUACAUAAAGAUCCCAUAAAAAGGAUGACAUGGCCGGAUAUACUAGCGCACCCAUUUGUAGCGGGACAUGUCCUCAUUCUGCCCGAAGACGUGCAAAGUGAAUCACCCUUCACGCAACCACUGAGUCACAGCCAGCAGGAGGCGAAGCGCCUACAACGGGAUAAGAUUAGCAGCAAUGCAAGGGCUAUGAAAUUGGACAAUGAGCCCUUGAAGGUAGUAAACCGCGAGCACGACCUUCGCCACAUCCGCGGCGCUGCGCCCACAGAGUGCAUACCCAUGUCUGACGACGACAGCGUCCGCGCCACCAGUGCCUUCAGCGUCCGAGACAGCCUCAAGACUGACGACGAGGACCAGUCCCAGCCCAUCACCGUCGCCAACGCCAAACUGCUCAGGCACGAGUACAACGUCAUGAACAACUCCAAUCUUGUCGUCUGUAACCUUGAGAACAACAUGGCCCAACUUAUGGCAGCUAAUAAGAAGACUGAAAAGAUAAUGGACAAGAUUCUUGAAGAAAAACAAUCGGAAAAACCUAAAACGGCAACAAGUGAGAAGGCUGAAGCUGAUGAUGUGAAACAGAAACCGAAAAGCGUAGAUACAGCAUCGCACAGUUUAGAAAACCCAAAGAGUUCAACGAAAUGCAGCAGCGAGGUCAGUUCUGGACUUAGUAAAAGUGUACCGCCGUCUUAUAAGCAAAAGCUGCUCCAGUUUUCAAGAGAUAAACUCAGGUUUGCCAGCGGCGGGAAUAGGCUGACAAGGAGUAUCAAGCGAUCGUUUCACUUUAGUAGGAGUUGGGAUAAGAAUAAGUCAGAAAAUCAGAGACGUACAAGUGAACCGGCCAUUGAAAUACCGAGUAUUGUUGAUGUGGAUCAAGAAAAAUUCUCGAAGGAGACCAAGGAUGAGGAUAUUGAAAAGAUUGAAUUUAUUGAAGAAGUUUCUGAUAAAGAAGUAGCAAACAAUGAUGAAAUUGUUGUGCCCGAAGAAAAACACGAAGUGAAGGAGCCAUCCGCUAUAGAGCUGGAAGAAUGGGAAGCGUUCCUUAAUUCCAAUAUUAGUGAAGUAAUGGACGGCGACGUCGAAUCUCUCACGCAGCUGAACAUGGUGAGCAUGGUGGUAGGCGUGGUGGGUAGCUCCGGGCGCGGUGCCCGCGGCGGGCGCGUGUGCGGCGCCGUGGCCGCGCUGCUGGCGCUGCCCGCCGUGUCGCCGGUGCUGCCCCGGCACACGCUGCUGCAGAUACAGGAUGUAUAUCUCGAAGCGAAAGUGGUUUACGAGUUCAUCGCAGCCAUAAACUCGUUGAUGAAAGACUGCAAGGAUGAUGAUGACAUGGAGGACAGACUGACGGGCACGGGUCGGAUGCUGGAAGUGUGCGUAUGGUUGUGUGCACGCUCGUGCCGUGCCGUGCGGCAGCUCGCUACGGCCACGGCCGCGCACCGCGCGCACGCUGUGUUCACACGACUGCUGGGCUUGUAUUCAAAAGCACCUCGCAUAGUCCUAAAUAUCGUGAGUCUCCUCAUCACAAUACUCCAAGAUCUGCCUGAACACGCAGACGUCGUCGAGAAGAUCCUAUUCGAUGACAAAAACUUCAACUUCAUGUGUCUCUUAGAACCACCCAGCGACGCCCUGAGGAUGCGAGUCUGUAUACUCAUAAGUUUACUAUGUACGUUUUCGUGUACCGCGUUCUCGGUUGCCAUGGAGACGAAGUGGAGCAAAGCGGAGAGUGAGCGUUUGGAGGCGCUGCAUUCGCACUGCAAUGUGACGCUGAACAGGGCAGCCAGGUUGGCUACUAAGGAGCUUAGUAAUAUGCCGUUUUAUAAUUAAAAACUUUAUAUUGACUAAGAGCCCAGGGCCGCCAGAUCUUCCUCAUUUUCUCAAGGAUGAAACUUUGGGACAAUGUAGAGUUCGUAUCGACGUUUAACGUCUGCAUAUUACCUAAUUCGGCUCGUCGGCCAUUUUUUUGCUAUAAGGUUUAAAGCUAACUUUCCUUUAAUUCUCAAGACUGAUUUUUAUUUAUAUGAUAGAAAAUACUGUAAGGAUUUGAUCAUCAUCAUUUCUUGACCUUUCCGCCGGCCCAAAGUUUCAUCCUUGAGAAAACGAGGAAGGUCUGGCGGCUCUGGGCUCUUAGUCCAUUAUAUUAUUCAUUCAAUUAAACCGUCCAAUUAUUUUAUACUUGACAGUAAAUUAAAUUUGUAAAUGGUAACUUAACGGCUACGAAACUAAACGAUAUCAAUAAAAUAAUUUAUCUCCCGGGAUAACUACACCUGUAUCAUCGAAUUAUAGACAAUACUACUUAGUUGUUGGAAUGGAAAUUGACAUUGAUAUAGGAUAGAAGUAACUAAUAUUAAAUUUCCUGUAUUCAUUUAUAAGUAUACACAUUUCAAAUCUUUUUUUGAUACUUCAAGAAAACGCUGAAAACUAACUGAAGCAUAUAUUAUAGAAAUUACGAUUCGGGGACUUGGUGCAAUAAAUAAGGUACUCCACAACAGAUUAGAUUUUGGUUUUGUACGUGUUUUUAUUUGUUCAAAAUUUAAAUUAAAUGCACUGCACUGCGCAUUUACUCAAAAGAUAGCCGCGGUCACAGAAAUUUAGUUCUGUGGCCGCGGUUGAUAAGAUUCUAUUGACUAAACUGGAAUAACGAAAGCGCCUUCAUAAAUAUAAAGGCAAAAACCGCGUCGUAUGCGAAUCCUAAUAUUGUUUACACAGGCUCCAAAUGUCCUGAUAAAAGGCACAGAAUAAAUAAUUGUACGUACCAGUACGUCCUGGAAGCGUAAAUCCAGAUUAAUAGCUAUAUGUAUAAGGUUUGUUUUAUAACACUACUUAUAUGUAGUAGCCGUAGUAGGGGUCCUCAUUCAUAGGCAUUAAAUGCUUUAAAAUGUGAAUACCUACAAACUCAAAAUAUAUGGCGAUGAAUCUCCUUUUGUACAAGACUGAAUUAUAAAAUACGUUUUAGAAUUUUGCAAAUAAUGACCAAUUUUAUACAUUGUAUACCUACAUGUACGUUUCGUCUACCUGCACGAUAUUAAUACCUUAGUUGUAAGCAAAAACCUAAAAUGAAAAAUGAUACCGUAACUUUUGCAUACAGUUUUUUUUUAACUUUAGGGGUCAAGAGGUUUGGGUACCUCGGAUUUAGUGUCGUUAAGAAUAGUUUGACUUAAACUAGUAAGGUGCGUUGGUUGGGAUAAGAUAAGAACAAUUUUCAUUUUGAUUCAUAUUCAUUUUCAUUUUUCAAUUUUAUAGAAGUACUAGCUUUUACCCGCGGCUUCGCUCGCGUUAGAAAGAGACCUAAAGUAGCCUAUGUCACUCUUCAUCCCUUCAACUAUCUCUACUUAAAAAAUCACGUCCAUUCGUCUCUCCGUUUUGCCGUGAAAGACGGACAAACAAACAGACACCCACAUUUUCCCAUUUAUAAUAUUAGUACGGAUUAGUAUAUUAGUAUUGAUAACGUUUAGGUAUAACGACGCUAAUUUCAGACUGUUAUAUAAAAUCAUUUGCAUUCCAUAUAUCUUAUCCCAACGCAUCAACUGCUUAUGCAUGUGUAAUGCAGCAAUUUUUAUGAGAAUAAGUAAUCAUGUAUUAUUCAGAUGGAAAAAUAUGUGCCAUAAACAUCAAGUGAAUUA